GAAGGUCAAUGCCAACUUCAUUUCUACUUUUCCACCUUUCGCCAUCGCUAAAACAGUGUUUGGUGAAAAAUGCAAACUGUUCAUAAAUUGUUGAAUAGACGAUUGGCUGUGUCAUUUAAGGCGUAUGGUGCAUGUGGAUUUUCAACGACAGUCAACUAUGCCCAAGAAGCGAAAAAUGAAAUUCCUUCUGUUAGACCACCGAAUAUCGAUGAAUUAUAUGAUAUUAGUGAGAAAUUUGGUUUGAAUAUUCCCUAUGAAGAAUUAUCGACUUAUAAAGAUUGUAUGAAAGGGAUGUUGGAAAGUUUUGACCGGGUUGAUAAAUUUCCCGAAAUUAAUCCUCCUGUAAAAUAUCCUAGAACUGGCGCAUAUCGACCAAGCGCGGAAGAAAAUGAUCAUAAUGCAUGGUACGUUAAGUGCGAUAUCAAAGGGGCGAAAGGAGGACCCUUAGAAGGGAAAACAAUUGCCGUAAAAGAUAAUAUUGCAGUAGCUGGCUUACCAAUGAUGAAUGGAGCAAGGAUGUUGGAAGGUUAUGUACCCGAAUACGACGCAACCGUAGUUAAUCGUGUAUUAGACGCUGGUGGUCGUAUUUUAGGAAAAUCUGCCUGCGAAUACUUAUGUAUGAGUGGUAAUAGUCAUACAUGCGCUUCAGGACCAAUUUUGAAUCCGCAUAAUCGGGAUAGAAGUGCCGGUGGAUCUAGUGGAGGAUCUGCCGUACUUGUUUCUCUAAAAGAAGUAGAUAUGGCUAUUGGGGGAGAUCAAGGAGGAUCGAUUCGUCUACCCUCUUGCUGGAGUGGGUGUAUAGGUCUUAAACCUACGUUUGGAUUAGUUCCCUACACUGGAGCAUUCCCAAUAGCUAAAUAUGUUGAUCAUUUGGGACCAAUGGCAAGUACUGUUGAAGAAGUAGCCUUACUAUUAGAAGUUUUAGCCGGCAGCGACGGUAUGGAUUGCAGACAACCAUCUGAAAUAAGUAAAGUCAAAUAUACCAAAGAAUUAAAGAAAGGUUUUGCUGAUCUAAAAGUUGGUAUAAUGAAAGAAGGUUUUGAAGAGUGUGAAGAAGACGUGGAGGAAAUUGUUAAGAGCGCAGCAUUCAAUUUAAAAAAUAUGGGCCUAAAUGUGUCGGAAGUUUCUGUUCCUCUGCACAAAUCAGGAGGUGAUAUAUGGAGUUCUGUAGGUGUACCCGGUGUUUAUCAUCAGCUAUUACAUAAUGCUGGAAUAACGACGGGAUCAUUUGGCCACCAGCCGACCACGAUGCACGAUUAUGUCGCGAAGAGAAUGAAAACUAACGGUGGCGAUUUGUCCCCAACUGUUAAACUGUUUUGGCUAUUUGGCGAACAUAUGAAGAGAAACUACGAGCUACAUCAUUUUUGUAAAGGUAGCAACAUUGUACCCCACUUGAAAAAAGCUUAUAAUGAUGCCCUUUCGAAAUAUGAUAUUCUCAUUACUCCAACAAUUAAGUACAAAGCCCCUCUAUUGCCAACGCAAUCUGCAUCAACUGAGCAUGUUAUAAAAGAAAGCUUAGGAAUGAUUGCCAAUACAACGCCUUUCAACAUUACUUGGCAUCCGGCGUUAUCUAUAAACGUUGGCUUUUCUGAAAAUCUUCCUAUCGGUAUGCAAAUUAUUGGUAGACAUUUUGAAGAGGCGACUGUUCUUAGAGCCGCUCUGGCUGUUGAGCAAAUGAUAAAGAAUUGA